AUGUCUCCUCCCGAGCCUCAUCAUCUAGCAUUAUUCUCCUUGGUCCCUCUGAACGAGCGAGCCGAAAGAGUACUCGCCCACUUGUCCAAUCAACACCUUGUAUCACAGGUGAAGGACGGUCGCCUCGGCCUCAACAUUGGUCAUGUCCGCUCAAUGUCGAGAGACAACGCUACUUUGGCUACACUGGGACGGAACGGCGAUGUCACAGUGGACAGCUGCAGCAUCUCCAAGAUCCAGUGUUCAUUCGAAAUCGAUCCAGACACUAAAGUCAUAAUGUUCUACGAUAGAUCGCACGGCCAGACGAGUCAGGUCUCCGGCGAUAACGCAACGCCAUUCGAGUAUGGGCGACCUCGUAAAGCCGUCGUGCAGAACAAUGUCAACACUAUCAUUGGUAUGGGCGGGACCAGGCGGAACCUCAUACAGUUCCAACUGAUAUGGCAUUGCAACCCUCGUAACACGAUGGAGAGGGUCAAGGAUCGAGAGAGGAGAAUCCUCGCGGAGAAUCCUCGCCUCGCCCGUACCAUCGAUGAAGCGGACACAGUUCUGCCGUCUCAAAGGGAGACCAGAAUAACCACCUCGGGCCCCCAACGCUUGAAGACGAGAUACGACAAGGGGGAGAGGCUCGGAUCCGGAGCGUUUGGACUUGUACAUCAAGCCCUUGAUCUGGACACAGGCAAGCUCAUGGCUGUCAAGAUUAUCAGGCGACCGGCCGGGCCAAUGCAACAAGAGUGGGUCAAUUUGAAGCGUGAGGUGCAGAUCCUCUCUAGACUUAAACACACCCAUAUUGUUGAGUACAUCUCAUCGCAGGGCUGGGACGGGCCCGAGGUAGAAAUCUUCAUGGGUCUAAAAGAAGGAACCCUGCACUCGUUGAUCCUCAGCCUGCCCUCCGCCGACUUUCAUGAUCUUGCCACCACUGUCUUACAUCAUAUGCUCAAAGCGAUCGACUGUCUGGCGAUGAAUGACAUUAUUCACCGAGACAUAAAACCAGAGAACAUCCUCUACGUAUCCGGUCAAGACCGACCUCACUUCCAACUCGGGGAUUUUGGCUUCAGCAAACAGGCCCAUUUCGCGACGUCUGAGGUGGGCAGCCCAAUUUACAUGGCUCCGGAGAUGAAACAGAGAGUGAAGCAGACACACAAAGCAGAUGUCUGGUCCCUCUUUGUCACAAUAUUGUGGACGUUGAAUGUGAACGGAUUCCGCGAGGAACUAGACAGGCAGGAUACCCUCGAGGACGCCCGAAGUAUAAUGUUGGCAGCUGCAGCAGCCCCAAUGAUGAAUAACAUUCGGGAAAUGAUAAUAGUCAAUCCAGAAGAGCGCGCUUCUGCAGCUCAAAUGCUCGUCAAGUGCUUCCAAGGGGAAGGGCUCUCGACACCACAAAACCAGAUUCCACCCCUCAUCGCACCCGCAGAAACUGACAGCGCAGCUCCCGCUGCAGCUGUCCACGGGUCGUCGGCAGCGCAACCAAGAGCUUGGCGGAGGAACACAAACCAGUAUCCAGCCGCAGGUAUUGAGAACGCUCGGGCACGGCUAAGACCGCUAAAUGGUCCAAGAAACCGUCGCCGUCAAGCGCUGGGCCCGAAUUACUCAGUGAACCGUGCAAUUCCCGGCAGUUUCCCCAGCGAUGCAACCGACACUUCACCGAGCAAGGAAUAA